AUUUUUUUAUCCAUUACUCAGUUUCAUAUCCGGUAGGGAUAAAGAUAUACAUUUUCAUAGAAAAAACAACAACUCUGUUUUAUUCUAAUAUUUCGCCCAAAUGGUCUUUAUCAAAGUUUACAAAUAUGAAUACCCGACUUAAUUGUUCCUGUGUUCACACAAAUAGCAGUAUCAAAUUAUGUCCUGGAUUAAAUUGGCUUGGUUAGUAUUCCUGAUGGGUCGCGCUGCUUGGACAUUCUUGCCACAGAUGGGUUACAUCCAUCCAGAUGAAUUCUUUCAAACUGUGGAGGUUGUUGCAGGUGAUGCCCUUAAUGUGAGUGUCAUUAGAACCUGGGAGUUCACUGGCGAGUACCCACUGCGGAGCAUGAUUUUACCCAAACUGUUGUUCCAUCCAGUCUUUGUGCUUUUCAAAACUGUCAUAGAGUUGCAUGGUUCAGAAGUUACCGGCUACACCAUUCUGCUUGCGUCAAGACUUGUCAUGCUGUUACUGAGCUUUGUGAUAGAUUUGAUGUUCUUCAGGAUCUGCUUGAUGAUUGGUCUUCGGGGCCACACGCCUGCUUUGAUUUAUGCAAGCUCUUAUGUGACUUUGACAUUUCAGUGUCAUUCAUUUUCCAAUUCUAUAGAAACUGUGCUUGCUGUGGGACAGUUUUAUGUUAUUUUUUUACUUAUAAAGACCAAAUAUGAACAUGAUAAAGAUGUAAAAGAAAAUAAUAUUCCAGCCAGUGAAAAUGACAAGUUGUUGGAUGACAGAGCAUUGUUAAAAAGCCACCAUGAAAAUGCUUUCCAUAGUCCCAGAUUCAGAGGCAAAUCAAAACUAGGUUCUAAAAAAUUAGAUGUUGUAAGUACGAUUACAUCCUGUAUGACAGAAGACUUGUCAGAGACCAUAGUGAGAGAAAAUUACAAAAAUGUGAUAAAGUCUUAUGAGGUAAAAAGCAAAGAGUUUUAUCCCAUAGCUUUGUUGGUACUGUUUGGGUCUGUAUUUGCAUUUGGAGUUUUUAACAGACCUACAUUUUUGGUUUUUGGUUGUGUGCCAUUUUUUUGGUGGGUUGACAUCUACAACCGGUUGCCUAACUUUCUGUUGAUGCUGUCAACUGUAGCAUUGUCUGGAUUUGUGACAUCAGUGAUUUUGAUCACCUGCGAUUCAUUGUAUUACAUGUCUGUUAAAAUAAUCGACCUUCAAAACUUUGGGGUCAAGGAGUUGCUGCAGAUAUUCUGUGUAACACCUCUAAACUUUGUUAUGUAUAAUACAAACCCAUCAAACCUUGAGAAACACGGCAGGCAUCUACGUUGUCUCCAUUUGAUGGUCAACCUUCCAUUACUUCUUGGUCCACUUUUAAUUCCAAUAUGGAGAAGAGCUUUCCAACAAAUCUCAAGGUUUUUCUUUACAAAAGCAUGGAAAACUUUGCUUAAAAGUGAUAGUGAUAUUUAUGUCACACGAACUGAAGUGAAAGGCUCUUCAGCUGCCAUAGAAAAAAACAUUGAUUCUGAAAGUGAGAGCGUUAGCAAACUGAAUAAAAAUAUCUCUAAAAUUUCUGCAGAUGAUGUUAAUACAUUAGAUCUCAAUGACUCUGAUUUGGAUUAUGCAAUUUCCACUGAAAAUAAGUCCAGUGAACAAUUAAAUCAACAUUGUCAUGGUGAUGAAAAAGUGAAAGUGAAGCUACGGCAAACCCUGCAAUACAGUCUGCUGCUCUACAUCUUCAUUCCUGUGAUAUUGUUAUCUUUGUUUCCUCACCAAGAACCACGAUUUUUAAUCCCUGUCAUACCAGGAGCCAUUCUGUUUGCAUCACUUGUUUUGCGGGAAAAGGUUGGCACACUUUUCUGGACAAUUGUCUUUUGCUUCAACCUACUGAUGGCAACAAUAUUUGGAGUGCUGCACCAGGGAGGUAUUAUACCGUGUCUCAUGCACCUUCAAAAGAUGAGCACUGAAGUUCACAACAAAAGUCUGCAGAAGAGUGAACUGACUUUUGCAUUUUCUCACACCUACAUGCCUCCGAAGCACUUACUUCUGGACCGGAAUAAUUUCAUCAAUCUGGUAGAUUUUAAAGGCAUGGACUUAGCAAGUGUAUGUCUUUGUCUUAAAGGGGACUUUACACCGAAUGACAGUGAAUGCGAGGGUUUGAGACCUUCUGAAACUGUGUACUUGGCAAUAACUGGAACUGUUGCUCCACAAUUCAAGGAAUUUUGUAAAGAGUUGGUAAGGGUUAAGAAAGUUAAAGCGUUUUUUCCACAUGUUUCUUUUGAGGAUUUACCAGACUUUAAUGUUAUAGAUAGUUGGAGUAUGCUUAUGGACUUGUUUUCUCUUCACUUAUAUGAAAUAAAGGUUUUGUAAUAUGGUACUUAGAAUUGUUAUUUAGUUAUCUUGAUAUUUCAAAUUGUUAUUUAGGUAUCUUAAAUUUUAGAUGUGUUUAUAUCAAAUGUCUAAAUACUAUGAUGUGAUGAAUUGAAUGAUCAUAGCAACUUUAUAUCAUCGCUGUCGUUCUCAAACCUCGUAGCUCCACAAUUUUCAAUUAUUUUUUUUUCGUCUUUUCCGAAUAUAUGAAGUCUGGCCCGUGUUUUGUGCCAUAUCUCGUAGCCCUACGCCAAUCAGAGCCCUUGAAAAAGCCACAUGACAAAAUGUUUGAGCUCGAUUGUUGGCUUUUUUCCGGCGAAAAAUCGUAGCGACGUCAUUUCACCUAUAGGUACGUCAUUUCGUUUGGACAAAUUUGACAAAAACAUUUUUAUAUUUGCAGCUACGAGGUUUCCUAUCAGGACGAAUUGUCGUACCUCAUAAAAAUGACAAAACUGUGGUGACAAAAUAUCGUAGUUACCAUUUCUGAAUAUCAGUAUGACUUACGCGUCUACGACUUGUACCGUAUUUUGCAGCUUCAUUUGUUUGGUAUUUUUUAUAUAAUUUCAAUUUCUAAAACAUCGUUUUAAAAAAAUGUGACAGUUUUUUCUCUCUCCUGAAGUUGGCAUUUUGUAGCUACGAGGUUUGAGAACAACAGCGAUGAUAUAAUGGUUUCGAUUCUUUUGUAACCAUUUGCUACUGAAUUUUCUGAUUGCAAAACCAAUAUUGACAUUAAACUCACUGUGUUGAA